AGCUUUUUCAACACUUCCUGAUUGUGUGGUAGACUGACACACACUUUCUUUGCUUUCACACUCUCUGCUCUUUGGACAUAAAAGAUCCAACUGAUCUGACAGUGUCAGUCGUUUCCCUCUGGCAGCAGAGAGAAGCCUCCUCUUACCACCUCAACACCAAAAGCAGCCAUGCCUCUGUUUCGGGCUUGGGGCGAGCGUGAUGGUGGCAGUGGUGGUGGCAGUCGUGGUGGGGCGAAAGCUCGGCCCGGGCGUAGGAGGAUGAAGAGUAUGGAGUGGAUGGGGAGCUGCGAGAAGAUGGAUGAAGACGGCUCUGUCCUUUCGUUGACGAGGCUGUGUCUGCUGAGCCUCGCCGACAACAUGAGGGAGGUGUGGGUGAAGGAUUAUACUGACAACUACCUGGAUCAUUACUUCUUCCGAUACAUCAUGGGGCCUUUCAACUUACUGCCAGGUGAUCUGGUCGAGGAGCUGACGUGGUUGCUGUGCAGCAGAAAGCAGUUGUCCCGGGCGGCCCUCCACCUCCUGCUGGUCCCCCAACUCCGUGGCCUGUCUCUGGAAAAGUGUCCUGCUCUGGUCACCUCAGCUCUCUGUCCCCACAUUGCUGCACGGUGCCAGGGUCUGUGGAGUUUGGACCUAUCUGGAGCCCAGCAGCUACCUUCAAAGGUCCUCUCUGAAACUCUGUGCAGUCUACCUGCCCUGCGCUCCCUCUCGUUGUCUGGUACACCUUGUGACAGAUGUGUAAUCAGGACCAUUGCCCAUCGCUGUCUUUUGCUGCGCCAUCUGGACGUGUCUCGCUGUCAUUUACUUUCCCCCGCUGCACUCCUUCCUCUUGCAGGUGUGGCUUCCUUCUCGUCCCCUGGCUGCCCUUCUACGUCACCCUUUCGCUCUGCUUCCCAAUCUUCCCCUUCUUGCUCUCUCCCUCUCAGCAGUCUGCUGGCUCUGGAUAUUGGGUUUGGGGAAUAUGAGGGAGACUCUGUUGCGACAGCUGCCUUCCUCCUCCUCUCCCUGCCCUGCCUGGAGAGAGUGGCCAUGGAGGGCCUUGCACAGGCCUGCUGUCUCAUCCAGCACAGAGAGUUCGACCAGACAGAGGAGUUCACUGACAGGGAAGGAGUUCCCAGGCUGGGGGAGAUGUGGGGCGAGUGGCGGCGCCGGCACAGCAUGGGCAAGAGAGAAAGAGCAGCAGCAGACGAGGAUGAGGAGAGGAUUUUUUGGGCAGAGCAUGGUAGUGAGAGUGAGGAAGGUCCGAGUUGCUCUCAGGAUCAAGCUGAGGAAAAAAGGAGACGGAGAGUUUUGUCACAGUCAGAUGACGAAUGUCUGGUCCUGCGCCUGAAGGACGUCAAGGGCUUGACAUGUGACUCUCUGGACAGUGUAAGUCAUUUAUGUCCGAACAUCUACUCCAUAUCUGUGAACGCUGAUGAUUAUGAAGAUGCCAGAGGAAGAAGCCAGGGGUCGCUGUUAGCUGCCGGCCUCCAGACGUGGUCAGGCCGGCUGCGAAGCCUCUCAGUAAACUACUCGGGCCCUCUGGUGGAUCUUCUUCCUGCCUUGCAAGUCGCAGGCUCGUCCUUGCUCUCUCUCAUCAUGGAGGGGGUGAAAACCAGCCCUCACACUCCACUUCUGGACGUCAUGAAGACCUGUCCGAGACUCAGAGAGCUGCUCAUCUCUGCCGAGCCCCCCACCACGCCACAGGAAGAGGAAGGCGAGGAGGAUCAGCAGGAUGAUCGGGAUCUUCCACAGCUGCCUCACCUCUGCUCUCUCACUCUCAAAUUCUCCUACGAGCACAGCCAAAUGAAGCCUGUCAUGUCCUGGAUGUCCCUGAGGAGGGUGCUCAAGUGUCUCCUGACUGGUUCUCCAUCACUGGAGAAGCUCUCACUGGUCUCCCUGCCGUGCCCUCUGAACGGCGUUUUACAGGAUGUGCUGCGCAGAGUGGAUGAUCCCACAGACUCACCUCUCCCUCCACUCGGACGGAUACGACACAUUGACCUGCAGCGGACGGAUGUUAAGAUGACGACGGUGAAAAGUCUAAUGCUACAAAGCAAGAGACUCAAGUGUGUAGAUGUGAGUUACUGCUGGCAGAUCAGUCAGCUUGACUGGUUGGACUGUGAGGCGUUCAGUAAAGUCCAAGUUGUCUGGUUGUAGUGAAGAGAUGGGCAGCAUCCAGUACAGGAGCCUCACACUUCAGACACAGGAUAAAUGAUACUUUAAAGGAUUCAAAUAAAACAUAAAAACACAA